AUUUCCGUGGAUGCGAGCAAGCGAGGGAGAGGAGAGGAAGCAAAUGUCAUUCUCAUCGUCAUUGUAGACACAAAACCUCUAAACAAUAAAAAAAAAAAAAAAAAACUGAACAGAUUCAAUCCUUCCCAUCUCUCCUCACCUCAGUUCGUAAUAAAAAAUGCUCUCCUCGUCUUUGCCGGCGGCAAUCCUCCUUCUCUUCUUCGCCGUCGCUGCGGCCGCCGCCGAUGAAGACUCUUGCAAUCGCGUAGCACAAUUGGUUAAGACACAGAGCUGGGUUGAUGGGAAGGAAGAUGAAGAGUACAAUGGUAUGAGUGCAAAAUUUGGCUCUAUUUUGCCUGUCGAAGCGGUCGAAACUACCAAACUUCCCGCUGUUCUUGCCGAUCCUGCGGACUGCUGUUCCGCUUCAACCGUAAAGUUAUCUGGAUCGGCAGCUCUCUGCGUACGAGGCACUUGUGACUUCUCAGCUAAAGCUGUAGUUGCACAGACCGGAGGUGCUGCUGCCGUGUUCAUGAUAAACGACGCGGAUGAACUCUUUGAGAUGGACUGCUCCGAUGACAAAAGCAUAAAGAUUUCAAUUCCAGUUGUGCAGAUAACAAAGUCAGUAGGAGACGCUCUCAACAAACUUUUAACAUCUAAAAAGAAAGUGGAGGUUUUGCCAUAUACUCCAAAACGCCCAGUUGUAGCCUACUCGGUUGGAUUUUUGUGGUUUAUGUCUGUUGCAACAGUUAUAUGUGCUUCACUAUGGGCAGAUAUAACUGCUCCUGAUCAAAUCGAUGAACGCUAUAACGAGUUGUCUCCCAAGAGCGCCAUAUCGGAAGCAGGGAAAGACGAUGCUGAGGAAAUAGUUAACAUAGAUACAAAGGGUGCUGUCGUGUUUGUCAUUACGGCAUCUACUUUUCUUGUGCUACUGUUCUUCUUCAUGUCGUCUUGGUUUAUCUGGGUGCUGAUUGUACUUUUCUGCAUUGGUGGUGUUGAGGGGAUGCACAACUGUAUUGUAACCCUCGCUUUAAGGAAACGUCCAGCUUGUGCUCAGAAUAAUGUGAAUUUACCUUUAUUUGGAGAGGUUUCUAUUUUCUCGCUGACAGUGCUGAUAUUCUGCGUGACGUUUGCCGUUUUAUGGGUUGUAUUUCGGCGCGAAUCAUUUGCAUGGUUUGGCCAAGAUUUUCUUGGCAUCUGUUUGAUGAUAACAGUAUUACAGAUGGCUCGGUUGCCUAAUAUUAAGGUUGCAACGGUCCUACUUUGUUGUGCAUUUGUAUACGACAUUUUUUGGGUAUUCAUAUCUCCAGUGAUAUUCCAAAAGAGUGUCAUGAUUACGGUUGCUAAGGGUGACAAGGCUGGUGGUGAAGCAAUUCCUAUGCUUUUGAGAUUUCCUCGUUUAAAUGAUCCUUGGGGUGGUUAUGAUAUGAUUGGAUUUGGAGAUAUUCUGUUUCCUGGUUUGCUUGUUUGCUUUUCUCGUAGAUUCGACAAAGCUCUUAAAAAGGGGGUGGUAAGCGGAUAUUUUCUUUGGUUGGUAAUUGGCUAUGCCUUUGGGCUGUUCUUCACAUAUCUGGGGCUGUAUUUGAUGAACGGUCAUGGACAACCUGCACUCCUGUACCUUGUUCCGUGCACACUAGGAGUGGCUGUGGUACUGGGAUGCAAAAGAGGUGAGCUAAGUAUCCUUUGGAAUUACGAAGCAGACCCUUCUUCCUGCAACUCCAAUCCCGACGCCAAACAGCCUCCCCAAGUUUAGAUCCAAAGCCAAUGAAAUAAUGUACGCACAAUUCAUUCCUUCCUGGAUCUCUUCCAUAACUAUAACUAUCUAUUGUAUUCUUUCAUUCUUCCUUCUUUCUUCUCCAGCUAAUGCAUUCUAAAUUUUUCUUCU